GCAACGGGAUCCCGCUGGAGGGGGCUGUGCCCUCGGAGCAGGACAGCCAGCCGAAGCCGGCCAAGAGAGCCCGCACCUCCUUCACCGCCGAGCAGCUGCAGGUCAUGCAGGCACAGUUUGCUCAGGACAACAACCCCGACGCACAAACGCUUCAGAAGCUGGCGGACAUGACGGGGCUGAGUCGAAGAGUCAUUCAG